AAGUUGGAUUUUUCUAAAAAUGAACACACACGAAAUAGCUUCGUCUUUGGCGUUAAAUACAGACCACGGCAUCCAUCGGUGUCGAGCAGCGACAACGCAUCUCGGUCGGUCGAAGAGCGGCGGAAUUUGAUUUGAUUUUCACUUGGGCCCGCCGCUGCUCAUCGUUCGCGCUAUUUUUCCUCUAUUGUGUGUGGGGCGUUCUCUCCGCGGCGGUCCAUCUAAGGAGCAUAUUCCGAAGAAGCGAUGCUUUCCGCGACUCGGCUUUCCCGCAACUAGUUGCGUUUUGGAUGUCAACACGAUGUACACGCGAACAGCGGCGAAUUUGGUCAACCAACUGCCACUGGCAGCGUAAAGUGAACUGUGGACUCUAACGCACUGAGGAAUACAGGCAAUCCUGGAGUUGGAGCUUCCAGCUGGGAUUACAUCUUGAGCCAAGACUGAACCGUAGAACAGAUACAUAUAGAUUUUUCCAGGGCAACCUAAACGUACAAAAGAUCGAUCACGAUCACGAGCCAGGAUCAGGAUGCAGGAACUGACGAGGGUCUGCGACCUGAAUGGCAAUUCUGGCAAGGGGGAGUUGGUCCCAGUAGCUCCCGCCACCAACAAUCUAGAUCAACUGCUGCCCAACAUUAAACUCGAGCAUGAUCCCGAUCUUGAGUGCUGGCUGCCUACACCGGAGCAUCCGAAACUCCGGUUGGACCUCAACAGCACCCGACUUCUCCUGCAGGGCUCCGAUGAUCCGCUGAUCUCGCAUGGCUCCACUAACGAUGCCCACGACGAGGAUCAUCCCUUCAAGACGCUGCUGGCGCGCAAAAGUGCCAGCCACGAAACACCGCACAAUGGAACCUGUAGUCCCCUCACCAAACAGCAACUGAAAGCCAAUCUCCUGAUGGGCAACCGAAAGGCCAAUAGGCAACCUCAGCCGCAGGAGGAACAACCUAAUCCUUCCACGCAAAAGACAUUGAAAUCAGUUCAGCGGGAACCGCAAAACCGAAACCGAAAACGAGGCAAUGAUGCGGGUGCCUUGAAGCUGCGUUUCCAUCACCAAGCUUUGCCUGCUGAAUAUGCCGCCCACUAUGAGGCCACUCAAGGUCGUCAGCCAACCAGACCAGUUCUCCCGCCGCCACCUCCUCCUCCCUCGCAUCCACCAAGUCAAUCUCACGAGAAUGUGCGCAGUUGGCUGCGGAAGAUCGCCGAAAUCCAAAGGAGUGCCGAGCGCAAGCAGGCAUCCACUUCCCGAAACGGAGCUCCACCACCCUCCAGAUCUUCGCCCAUUGCUGCCACCUCUGUGGUUCCGGUUAAAACCCCUGAAGCAACCUCCACCUCGAAGCGAAGCUCUUUAAAAUACGCCGAUCUACCUUACAUGGGUGAGAUAACCCUGGAUAACUACAAACCAAGAAGAGGCAGAAAACCCAAGAAGGCGGACAUCUGUCACCUGAUCUAUAAAAACUAUGGAACCAUUGUUCCCGCUGCCGUGGCAGCAAUGCCGGUAAGUGCUGCUCCACCAUCCUCAACUCCCACAAUGUCCCUGCCACCAGAUGAACCACUGAAUCUCUGCCUGCGCGACCAGAGCGCCGAUCGGUUCUCCAUCUCCAGUGGCGACAGUGAGAAGCCCACGACGAGGACAACACCCACUACGACCACGAAUACGACAGAUUGUGGAAGCUCCUCUCACAGGACAACACCUCUGAGUUCCGUGAAGCCACUGACCUUGGAGUUGACCGGAGGUGAGGAUCAACCUCUGAGUGCCGCCAAAUUGAUGCUGCAACCAGUGGGUUUGUACUACCAACAGCUGGUGGAGUCCUGCAGCUUGGGUGGAAUGCCAGUGCCCUUGGAAACCAUCGAGAAGGACAAUCAGCUCUCCCUCAAGAUACCCAUACCAAGUGGCUUCUUUGCCAACGAGACCACGCCACUGGCCAUGAGAAAACGCAAGCGAUCUGCGAUCUUCAUACCUCCAAUGCCCGCCGAGCAUUCAUCGAGUCCCUCGAACGAGGUGAGCAUAUGCAAGUUCAAGUUCACUGGCGGAGCGAAGCCCACGCUGCAGGAGAAGAAGAUGUUGUCGGUGGAUGCGGAGGGCAACUACCGAUAUUACAACGGCACCGGGGACAAGACCAUGCGGGGCUAUGAGUUCAUCUCCCGGGAUCAGCAGCAGCAGCUCCAGCAAAAUCAACAGCAGCAGGGACCGGAGAAGCUCUACGUGGACAUACCACCUCCCUCAACGGAUCUCAGUCCGGAGUUGCUGCAAAUAUCGCCGGAGUCGCCGACGUCAUCGCUGCUCCUGCCCAGCAGCAACAACUUGGUGACCGCAGUAGCACCUCAAAGCCCCGUUUCGCAAAGCUCCAGCUCCCAGAGUCCGAUGCCCGGAGCUGUGUGUCCCAGCCUAUCGCAGGGGAAAUCCCCAUCAGAAAGUGAUCGUAAACGAAGAUCAUCGAGGAGAUCAAAGCAGCGAGAGAAGCUCGAGAAAACCUUCAAGGAGAAGGGCUUCCUCAUUCAAACACAGCAACUGCAAUCUGCCGAAGGUGCCACCUACUGCAAGUUCAGGCAGCUAAAGAAGUUCACGCGAUACCUUUUUCGCAACUGGAAGGAUCACAUACCGGAAAGCGAUCUGGCCAAGCAUCAGAGCAGUGGGCGGGAGGAUAACCUUCCAAGUCAGGGGGCGCAGACCGCCAACCAGGCCACUUGAGCCCUCCCAAGCAGAGAUCCAGGUGCCAGCCACACAAAGCACUGCCAAAGAGUUAGUUUAAGACGAGAUGAUGGAGCACACCAUCCCAUGCCGAUUCCGUCCAUGCGGGCUGCUCACCAACGCGAUCAAUGAUCCUCAGCCACGCUUCCUAGUCGUUCAUCUGUUUUUCUAGUGCCUAAACAAAUGUUAUUGU